AUGGUUCAUAGUCAGGAGAGGGUUGAGAGGGAGGCCAAGAGGCCUUGUAGACAGGGAGGAUUUAGUGGUUCUCCUUCUAGGGGUCAGUUCCAGUACGGUAGAGGUCGUCCUUUCAGACAUGCUCACACGACUCGUUCAGGUCACCGUGGUGCAUCAUCUGGCCAUUGUUCUCAUAGUUAUCAGCAGGGCCAUUCAUCUCCGGGUUUGUCGAUGCCAGGUCCUUCUGCCAGUUAUCCCGGUGCUCGGGGCUCCCUUCAGUCCCCUGCACCAGCACUGGGGAGUUGUUAUGAGUGUGGGGAGUUUGGUCACAUGAGGAGGGAGUGUUCCCGUAUAGUGGGAGGUCCUGCUCCACAGAGGAGCCAUUCUAUGUCAUCAUCACCAGCCCCUCCACCACCCGCUCAGCCAGCCCGGGGUGAAGCCCAUUCGGCUAGGGGUCGCCUGAGAGGGGGAG